AUGGUUGCCAAAUUCGUGAUUGUCCUCUCCCUCGCCGUUGUGGCUUACGCCGUGCCCCUUGUCCCCGUCAGCAAGGUGGUGUACGCUGAGCCUGAGGCGCCCGCUCACUACGACUUCUCCUACUCCGUGCACGAUGACCACAGCGGUGACGUGAAGCAGCAGCAGGAGGCCCGUCAAGGCGACGCCGUACACGGCUCGUACUCUCUCGUGCAGCCCGACGGUGUGCACCGCAUCGUCGAGUACACCGCCGACAAGGAGCACGGAUUCAACGCCAACGUACGCUACGAGGGCACCCCCGUCCACGCUGAACCCGCAAAGAUCGCCUACGCUGCCCCCGUCGCCAAGAUUGCCUACGCUGCUCCCAUUGCCAAAGUAGCGUACGCCCCAGCCGCCGUCUCUUACUCCCACGCUCCAGUCUACGCCGCCCCAGUCGCCAAGGUCGCCUACGCUGCUCCCGUAGCUCAUGUGACUUACUCCUCUCCCGCCAUCUCUUACCACCACUAA